AUGUCGGCGGCGCGACCGGUGCUGGUGCAGGCGGCUCUUCGACUGGCGCGGCUCGCUUCUUCAUCAUCUCUUCGAGCAUCGCAUUGCGCGAUGACGGCGGCGCUUCCUCAACGACCAGAGGUGGCGCCUCGGUCGUCGGCGCGUCGGAUGGCUCGGGCUCGACCGGUCCUGCCCGCUUCUUCAUCAUCUCUUCCAGCAUUGCAUUUUUUGGCGCCGGCUUCUUGGGCGAGUCGCCACCCCGCGACGCAUUGCGCUUCUUCAUCAUCUCCUCGAGCAUCGCAUUGCGGGGCGGCGCAUCCGUCGUCGUUGCUUGUCGGCUCUUCAUCAUCUCUUCAAGCGUCGGGUUCUUGGCCGGCGGCAGACCCUUCUUGCCUUUCUUGGACGGCUUGCGCUUCUGCUGUACCAUGUCCUCGAGCGACUUGGGUGGGCCGGGCGGCGGCCGCGUGUCGAGAAAUGCAUUCUGUCGCUGCAUGGGGCCUCGUAUCGUGCUGCGUAUCGGCGGCGCGUCGUCGUCGUCGUCCGUGA